UUCUACAUGCAUUUCUUUUGCACCUGCCAAAUUUCAUGAAAAAAUAUUAUGUAGCAAUUAGUUAAUUCAGUUAAACACUUUUGGUACCUAAUUUCUGUUUUCAAAAAUAGCCGAGGUGGGGCUGAGGGGGAGAGAGUUUUUUUUUUUCUUUAAAAAUGUUUAUUGCAUAUUGUUUCACUUAGAUUGUUAGUAAUUAAAAAAAUGAAUAAUAUAAAUGAACUGGGUAAUCAAACAGAUACUUCAUCGUCAUCUGAUGCAGUUGUUUUAUCAACAUCUGCCAGUGGCAAAUUUUUUCAGAUCUGUAUAGAGUUAAUGUCGAAAUCAAAGUUAUUUUGGUUAAUUUUUUUACCUUUAGCUUUGUCACCAUCUGCUAUGGUUGAUGCAGGCUUACUAUUUCAUCAGUUUUUGAGAUUCCUCCAAUCAACUCAGCCUUCCACUGUUUUAGUUUUAGUUCCAUCUACAUCUGAAACAGUUGUUUCAUCAACAUCUACCACAUUUAGAAAGUUUAAAAGCUAUUUCUUUGUUCACUUUGUAUGUAAUAUGUGUAUCUGCAUCUACAUCUGCUUUGGUUGGUUGGAGUUCAACAACAAACUUGCUUUACCUAAUGGCAAGCCACAAAACUUGUUGUACUUGUUUGCAAGCCACAAAACUUGCUGUAUCUAUUUGCAGUUUUGCAACAUGGUAUUGGGCGGAAGGGGGGCGGCUUACACCCCCUUCCAUGAAGUCAAUUUAUACACCACUAGUUACUAUUUUUCCAAUAAAAUGAUGUAUGCAAUUGUUGCCUUUGAUGAGGAAAAUAACACUGACUAUCUACCUCUAAUUUGGCUUGUUAAUGCGAUGAGCGAAAAUGUUCUGUCUAUAAUAUCUUCAAGGAAAUCAACAGAUUUUUAUUGGCCACGCUGGACAAAUAUGAAAAAAAUUGACGCAGCAAAAUCAAUCUGUCAAGAACCAGAAGUUGGUUGGCUGCGAUUUUCUGGAAGAAUUUUGUCCACUGCUGACACAGAAUCUGAAGCAAAAGAAAAAUGUAAAUAUGCGGAAGAUACAUCAAAUGUUGAUGAACUAUAUCUAAAAAAUCGAAAAAGCCAGUCUUGUGAAGAAGAUUCUCAAGUAAAGUUAUUUGAAAAAAAAAAGGAAAUUGAAUCUAUUUUUUUAAAAGAAGAACUUAGUAAAUCAAUAAAGAAAAAGAAAACAGAGUCAACAAAAGGACAUAUGAAGGUCAAUAAAAGUUUUGAAGACCUUAAUAAAUCCCCAGAACAAGCUUUUAUCAAGCCAGAUGUUCCUUUAAUUCCUCGAUGUUCUAACACUUCAGAUAAUGUUGAUUUCAAUAAAAAUUCAUCUUUAACAGAUUUUUCAUUCAAUUUGUCUGAAACUUAUCAAAGAAUGCCUAAUUCUUCAACAAUAGUACCUUUUGCUGCAGCAGAAAAUUCAGGAGUAUGCAAAACUAUUUUGAGAGGGUUAGAACAAAUUAAAGAAACACAAAAAUUUCACUCUAAGAUGAUUCAGAAUUUAUUGCAACGGUUUAACAUAGAAAGAGACAUAGCAUCAGUGGAGCUACCAGAAGGUUUAACAUUUCCUGUAACAACAAUGGAACUACUGGAUAAGGCUCUUGAAAUAUUAGCUAAUGUUACUACUCAAAGGAAUUUUGGUUCAUAUUCUUUUUGAAAAUGGUGGGCAAGAUAUUUCAGAAUUUGUUAAUCGAAAUAUGACUUAUCUUAUUGGAAAUGUAUUGGCCAGACAGCUAAAUUUGACCGGCCAAAAAAAUAAGCGUGGAUUUAUUAAAACCAUUUUGUACAACAUUCUUUAUACUUCCAUAAAAAUGAAUACAUCUACAAAAGAGUGUACAAAAAAACAGCUUGAGGAGGCUCUUUCAAAAUGGUUUGGUAAUGCUCGUGACAGAGGUAUAGGUCGAAGACGGCGCUUAGAUGUCGUUAAUCAUUUGGAAGAAAGUUUUUAAAUAAUUCUUAAUCCUAUCUUAAACGAAUAUGUUAUAUUUUAUAGUAGUUUUUUUAUUAAAUAUUUUAGUUAUUGUAUAAAAAAAGAGUUUCUUUUUUCA